GAACGGAACAGGCGCAACGUUCCCACUGUCAAAUUGCAGCGAUAGGCACACGUGCUUACGUGGAAGAUUGGGUCGUGCAGGUUUAUAUUUCGUAGAAGAAUUUAAAAAUACGGUUCACGUGAUCGGAGUUUCGUAAAGGGUAAACAUCCUCUAAUGUCAGUGCCAUCGCAAACAGUGUUAGCUACGACAUCGCAGUGAACAUGAACGGCUCAUCGCGUAAAGUGAAAAAUCCGUUGUUGUCCGCCGCUGGUCCGGGCUUUCCUUUUGAGAAUUACGCGGAAAACACACUGCUGGUGCCAGUUACACCCGCGACACCAGCUGUGCUCCGAGACGAUACCGAGCUCGACAAUUUCAUAGGACAAGAGCCGGUCAAUAUUCAAGCCUCAAGAACGAACGAGGAUUUUCCCGCGAAUGCAUCUUGUCAAUCAAAAGAAACCAAGGACACGGUGAAUCAACCAGUAAAAGCAGGAUAUUUCACAUCGAUUCUCUCUUCUCUACCGAACCUGUCGUUGUCAUCGAGUAAAUCCGAUUCCUUGGGACCGCAAAUAAGUCAGACACCGGAGAAUACCAGCAGAACGCACGAAUCUAAUCCUUACAUAACGCCGCAAGGAUACCAUGGUUCUCAGUCGGAAAUACCAGGAUUCUUAGCAAUUAAUCCUCAGGAUUCUCGAAGUACAAACUUGUCCGGAUUUACUGCUUUUGGCCCUACCGGUACUGCACCCAAUCCUCCUCAGCCCGCAGUUCCACCUAGUAUAUCUCAACCUGGCUAUGCGCCCGUUUCUUAUCGACUUGGUAACCAACGACGCUUGAAGUACGCACCACCGCCUGAUCUAACAUCGAGCAACGCAAAUCCAUAUUCGAAUCCAGCAUUACAGACAUUCUUACCGACUCAAAAUGUUUCUGCACCACCAACCAUUUUGAAUCCAUAUGAAUCAGAGAAAUUGGCGCAGGGUAACAAUUCUAGCGUACAGCAGACUAGUUCCUUGCCCGAACAACUUCCAACGUCUGAGCAGUUAUCGCGAAAUAGCUCUCUUCAAAAUUCAUUUCGAUCCAGUCCAGUCACAACAGGAACGUCAUAUAAUGUAUCUGUAACUUCCGCAAACCAAAAUCCAUUUUCUGAAAGUUCUUCUGUGUCUGCGCAAUUUCCUUCGUCGUCAUCUAGACCGAUACCUUCACGAAUAUUAGAGCCUGCAACGCCACAGAAUACUCCGGCGAACGUUUCGUUUCCCGGUUUUACUUAUACAAACCGAGAUCUACCACCGAUAUCUAAUUUCGACAAAGAGGUAGCUGUGCUUAAGAAUCCUAAUCAGCAAAGUUCACCGCCGGAAUUUUCGAAAAGCGGUACCCUUGAGACAACCACAGAAUCUGCGUAUAAACCUACAUUGAUAUCGGGAGAAACUGAAGCGACAUUUGCGCCAAUAUCAGCAGCCAAGGUAACAGAGAAGUUAGAACAUUUUCUUGCGGAACAGCAGGAAAAUUCUUCCUCCAAAGCAACUACCGAAGCUGUCGCGGAAGUUGACGAAAUUACAUCCAGCGUCGCUACCGAAUUAACGAAAACAUUGGAAUUGCAAGGCGAUGCGUUAAAGGCAACAAAUGAGAUAAUCGAUAAAUCACAUGAAACAACGUUGAAUGACGUACAAGGGAAAGCGGCUCGAUCUGGAAAUGACACAUGGAGUGACGUGUUUCUUGGGCAAGAGCCAACGGCGCAAUCAGUGAUCUGCCUGGAAGUACAUACUACUGAUAACAGUCCAAUUGUAACGGAUCUUCAAGCUAAGUCAAACGCGCAUCCGCUUCAACAGCAUUACCAAGUGCAAUCGAUAUCUAUCCCAAGCACCACCUUUUAUACAGACAAGCCCGCAGAACAAAAGUCGAGCUUAAACUACGUAUCGCCUGUUCCAUUUCCGCAGCAAGCUCCUUCUUCUGUUAAUUUCUAUAACUUACCGAAGUCAACGGACCAAUCGGAAACCGUGUUUUUUGAAUCGGUGAAGCCGAAUCAGGUCUCGAGUUUUUCGUCUCAGGAAAAAAAUGCAAUCUCUCCGUUUGCACAGCCAGUAGUUAACGCAUCGAAUAAUCCACCGCAAGCUCAAGAAAAUUUCGCGUUUAACUCGAAAGCGAUCGAUUCCGCGGCUCACGUACCGUUCUGGAAUACGAAUCAAUCUUCUCAAUCGCAGGUGUUAAACGUUGCCUCUAAUCAACCGACAUAUAUCGCCCCUAACCAAUCCGUAUAUACUGCUCCCAGUCAACAAUCAGCACCAAUAUUUUAUAAUCCUGCCCAAUUUGCGAAUGAACUACCUAAGCAAUCGACUUUACCGCAUACGUACGAUCAACGCUCCACUCAACAGCAGUCAUAUCAAAAUUCGCCGUUUUACGGAAAUAGCAGUGGACUGCAACAACCCUACGCUAUUCCCGAAAAUAAUACCGUAUAUCCUUCGCCCGCUGUAUCGAUGGUAACGCCAGUACCUGAACCAACCGGAUCAGCUACACUUAGUCCAGUUCAAAUGUCGGUUAAUUCGCCAACUAAUCGCACCACACCAGAUACUGUUCCACCGAGUUUUCAAAAUUGGGCCUCUGGAUCUUCCGACAAACGAAUGCAGUACAGACCAGUAUAUCAUCACUGGUUUUACCGUAAGGAAGUGGAGAGUAAAACGCUAUGGCAGCCGUUUUCCAUGCAGGACAGCUUAAAGCUGGAAGAAGUUCACAAUUCGAGCGAUAUUACGCCUGAGACCACGGUGGCUACCGAUGGCGGUCGUUACGAUGUUGACAUUUUACAUCGUCAAAGAGCACCCGUCUAUUGGACCGGAGCAUCUAACGAAGUUAGACGAUGUUCUUGGUUUUUCAAGGGAGCAGCUGAAGCGAGAUACGUUCCUUACAGUGAGACCACAGCUGUGAAACUUGAGGAUGAAUACAAGCUAGCGUGCAUCUCGAAUAAUUGGAACCGAAGAGUUGAAUUAAAUAAUGGAGAAUAUAUUAUUUUCCAUAGUGCUGCAGUCCAGUUUCAUUACUUACCAGCUUCUGCCGAUGCGGCGGGAUCUUGGGGAAAUAACGUUGCUUCAGAGGACAGUACAUAUUUACAGGGUUCUGCAAGUAAACCAAAAAGUGUUAAAAGAGGAGUCGACGAAUUCAAUAUAGAUGAGGGUGAGCCCGAGAAAGUGGAUCAUCUUCUAUUUCUCGUUCAUGGUAUUGGUAGUGUUUGCGAUCUGAAGUUUCGCAGUAUAGAAGAAGUUGUUGAUGAGUUCCGAAGUAUAUCAUUUCAAUUGGUGCAAUCACAUUAUCGCUCUUCGUGCGAGCAAGGAACCGUAAAUAGAAUAGAAGUUUUACCGAUUUCCUGGCAUACAACACUUCAUUCCGAUACGGGAAUUGAUAAACAGUUGCAAACCAUCACGUUAGAAAGUAUUCCAAAGUUACGAUUUUUUACAAACACUACUUUGUUGGACAUACUUUUUUAUACUAGUCCAACGUACUGUCAAACCAUCAUGCAAACAGUUGGAAGUGAGAUAAACAGAUUGCAUGCAUUAUUCAAAGAAAGAAAUCCUACUUUUGACGGAGAAGUUGUCUUAGGCGGUCAUUCAUUGGGUAGUUUAAUCAUGUUUGAUCUGUUGUGCCAUCAAAAACCCGAGAAAGAAAGUAAAGAUGAUAAUGAAGAAAAUGAUGAAGAAAGUGACAGUGUUGGGGUCAUUAAGCCAAUGGCUGCGGCCGUUCUCAAGAGGCGUCUUAGCAGAAAAAUCAGCUACGUGAUGGGAGCUGCAGGAACAGGGCAACCUUACAUACAUUAUCCGCAACUCAAUUUUCACCCGCGUGCCUUCUUCGCUCUCGGCAGUCCGAUUGGCAUGUUCGUGACGGUCCGUGGCAUCGACACUCUCGGAGAAAAUUUCACUCUACCUACUUGUCCGGCUUUCUUCAACAUCUUUCAUCCAUUUGAUCCGGUAGCUUAUCGAGUGGAAUCCUUAAUUAAUCCAGAAGCAUGCAAAUUCCGACCUAUGCUGAUCCCACAUCACAAAGGAAGAAAGAGAAUGCAUUUAGAAUUAAAGGAAACAAUGGCACGUGUCGGAGCGGAUUUGAAACAAAAAUUACUCGAUUCCGUAAGACAAACGUGGAAUUCUUUUUAUCAAUUAGCCUUAUUUCACAAGCCAGACAACCAAACUCUGGAACGUGAAAUCGAUAAAGUUGUCGAGGAGCAAUUACAAAAUCCGCCGAACGUACCAGAUCAACAAAACAACGACGAUGGUGGUGCCAAUCUAAAAGUAGGAAAACUUAACGGUGGAAGAAGAAUAGAUUACGUUCUUCAAGAAGCGCCUUUCGAAUAUAUUAAUGAAUAUAUUUUUGCUAUUACAAGCCAUGCCUGUUACUGGGAAUCUGAAGACACCAUGCUUUUGAUACUGAAGGAGAUAUACGGGUCUAGAGGUAUUCAGACCGACGCACAACUUCCUCAGCAGUCAAUGUCAAUCGAGAGAAUGUCCCCUUCUCCAUCUUUAAAUUUAUCAGCUGCCUUGUCACCGAGUGGAAGUAAUGUAGGAACGCCACUUGUUAUGGGCGUAGAUCCUACAGUGCCUAUGUCCAGUAAACCUGUCGGUCCACCACCCAAGGCUGGUUUUGUACCGAAAUCCUGAUCGAUGGAAUAUUUUUCCCAUAAUUACAUGCCGCGAAAUUCAUAUUAAAUUAUAUUAAAACAGAAAUCAAUUUUACUUAAUAUUUAAAAAUUAUUAUAUUAAAAAUUAGAAUAUUUAUGUUAACGUUAAAAAGAAAAGAUAAAAUGCAGAAAAAUCAAAUUUAGUAUUUUACAAUGUUUUUUCAUUACAUGUAAAUUUGAUUACAACACUAUUUAAUAAUGUAUAAAUAUAAAAAUUAUAUAUAAAUAUAAGAUAUUAAUUGCACAAAAUUGGCCUAUGUAACGUUUUGGACGAACUUCGUAGUGAAUCAGUUAUUAAAUGCAUAAGGAUGUAAAUAAUAAUUCGAUCGACAGUUUUCCAUUAUAACUUGCGUUUAUUUAAUACAUAUUAUUAUACUUAGUAUAUACUAUUAUACUUAGAUUGUAUGUAAUUAUGGUUGUAUGAUGAUGGAAGACAUGGUUGUAUGGAAAAUAUAUGUAGAAUGUUAACGUUAAAGAAGAAAGAUAUGGAAAUGAGAAUGUGCAAUUGUGGAAUAACGUGUAAAUACACGAUUUAGUCGAAUAAAGGCAUAGUAGAUUAUAAACUUUUGUAAUUUGUGCUUGAACGAAUUAUGAACAUACCGACUUUAAUUCCGAUGUACGCGCGUAUUUUAAUAAAUUACUGUAUUCUUUUA